AUCGAGAAGUGCGUGUCGUGCCUCUCCACCUGCAUCUUCCCCGACAAGACGACCUACCCCAUCGACGAGACCAUGAUCCACAACGGACCCCCUCACCCCUCCAACGAGGGCUACGCCUACGCCAAGCGCAUGAUCGACGUUCAGAACAGGGCCUACCACGAAGAGUACGGCUGCAACUUCACGUCGGUCGUUCCCACCAACAUCUUCGGCAAGUGGGACAACUUCAACCUCGAGGAUUCGCACGUGAUGCCUGGCCUCAUGCACAAGCUCUACUUGGCCAACAAGAACAACACCGACUUUGUGGUGUGGGGCACGGGCAAGCCGCUUAGGCAAUUUAUCUUCGCUCUCGAUCUGGCCCGCCUCAUGAUCUGGGCCGUGCGCGACUACAACGAGGUGGACCCGAUCAUCCUCUCCGUGGACGAAAACGACGAGAUCUCUAUCAAGGAGGUGGCCGACAUGAUCGCCGAGGCCAUGGGCUACCCGCUGGACAGGAUCAAGGCGUGUUAA